GAGAAAUAUAUGGUAUUUUUUUCAUCACACGGAUCUAUAGAGACUAUCGAUCAUAUAUGUUGAUGGAAAUCUAGUACCGCCUGUCCAUAUGCAUGUAUGCAUGUCCCCAUAUGGGUGGGGGAUUCAGUGGUUAAGUAAUGGCCCGCGCGUUAUGUAACGCACUUGGUUGGCAGCGCAUCGUGCUCCGUCAGUGCGUGUUUGUGCCCGCUGGUGUGUUAGUGUCGUCAGUGUUCACUCAGCUCUGCUCCGGCUCACAUCCUCCACUUCAUCCUCCCAGCACAGCCCAGGCUGGCACAGGCAGCACCAGCAAGCCUUUGUGCGUCUGCUCUCCCAACAAAUACAAGCCAAACAUCCAGGAGAAGGCAGUCUGAAGCGCGAUGGGACCGUUCCAAGAAUACGAGGAAAAGAAAUCACCAGAGAAAGGAAGCCCUCGCAGCCGCAUCCCACGCUUGGUCCUUCAUCCUUUCCGGCCAAAGGACAAAGGAUCACCUCUGUCCGAUACUCCUUUGUCAGAGGAGGAGGGUAAGGAGUGUGACCUCAGCUUCUGCUCCGAUGACACCGGCUGCCCCACUAGUCAGUCUGUGUCCCCCUCCAAAACCCCGUCAGGCUCCGAGCAGAGUGCCAGGUCGCCCAUUCUCCCAGAGCGCAAAACCAAAGUGAAGAGGGUGAGGGUGAUGACGGAGUGGAGCGGCGAGGCGCGCAGCAUGCAGAGGCACAAGAGGGAGCUGAGGUCAGCCAUGAAAGCCAGAGGCAGUGAGGCAGACUUCAGCUCCUCCAGCAGCUCAGGAAGCCUGAAGACCAGGGAGGGCCCUGCUGCAAGUUCGGUUGGGAAAAAACCUCCUUCACGCAGUCGUGGCAUUCACAUCCGACCGCUGCCAGUGUUCAAGCCGGGUGGGAGCCCGAGGGCCAACCGUGACGCAGAACUCUACGCUCCGUACAGAACUCCUCCCAGAACCAGCAGCUCCACCAACACUAGCAGCUGCAACUCCAGCCCCACAUCAAGGAGCGUGAGCUUGGGCUUCUACCACUCCUGUGGGGACAACCAUGGCGUCCGGCCCCCGAACCCGGAGCAGUAUCUGACCCCUCUGCAGCAGAAGGAAGUGUCCAUCAGACACCUGAAAACCAAACUGAUGGAGUCUGAUACCAAAGUCCAUGACAGAGAGACAGAAAUUGAAGAGCUGAAGUCCCAGCUUGGCAGAAUGAGGGAGGAUUGGAUUGAAGAGGAAUGCCAUCGGGUGGAGGCUCAACUGUCCCUUAAAGAAGCCCGGAAAGAGAUCAAGCAGUUGCGUCAGGUGGUGGAAACCAUGAAAAACAGCUUGAUGGAGAAGGAUAAGGGAAUUCAGAAGUACUUCAUUGAUAUCAACAUCCAGAACAGGAAGCUGGAGUCCCUGCUGCAGAGCAUGGAGCUGGCCCAGAGUGGCGCCAACCUCCAAGAUGAGAACCCCUUGGACUUCAUGUGCGACAGCCCCGACGGCGAUGGGGGGAAGAUGGUGAGGGGGGAGGUGGAGGGAGGGAUGGAGCUCGAUGACCAAGGAGCAGAGGCCAUGGCAGACAGUGGGCUGUUGCUGAACGAUGAGAUGGCGAACAGAGCGGACAUCUUUGAUCAAGUCUUCAUGUCCAGCAGUCCGGGGGUUGCAGGAGAGUCCGGCCUUGGGGUGUCGGCGCUGUCGGAGGAGCAGCACGAGUCCAUUUCAGCCCCAUCAUCUCUGCCAAACGCACUUUCAGCAGCCACAGUCACCACCUCCUCCAGCACCACUACUACUCAGGAGAGCACAGAAGAUAAAGGAGUCCAAACCGACCCAACGGCCACAUCGCCAGACCUGCAGGCUCUGCUGAUUCAGCUCCUGAAGGUCCACGGCGCUUCUCUGGGAGAUGCCACUCUAUCAGGCCCCAACAGCCUCCUGGGAUUCCCAAACCUACCCACUUCCACUGCUUUGUCUUUACCCGACACCCCACCAGGGAGCUCCGACUCCACCGUCAGCUCUGCCACUUCCUGCUCUGGGCGUUCCGAGGGCCCGCGGUUCAUGGAGGAGCUGGACUUUGUAGUCCGCGAGGAGGACCCACGUCCGUCGCCAGGACUGGACGUGGUGUGCAAGCGUUACUGGAGCAGCAGUUUCUUCGUGGAUCUGGUGGCGGUAGCCGUCCCGGUGUUGCCCACGGUGGCCUGGCUGUACUCGCGGCACGGGGUGGACGGAAGUGCUCCGGUGUACAACAUCGCUGCUCUGAUCAGGGGCUGUUGCAUCAUGGGAUUGCACUCACUUCGUCACGUCAAGCCAGAUGUGUAAUUCCCUUCCACCCGCAUGCAUACACCCAACUUUGAACUUAAAAGCACUGAGGCAUCCUUUUCAGCAGUAUCUCAGCUCUGGUUUUGUUUCUCACUGGACGUUGAUGCUGUUGGUUCCAGCACUGUUAUUUUGCACUGCAACAUUACCAUGAGUGGAAGAUUAGUGGUGACAAGAACUUUAUUUAUGAAGUUGAUUUACAUAUUAUUUAUAAGCAUAUCAUCUAAGUAGAUGGUUAUGUUAUUGUCCUGUGCUGUCCUUACAUUAUAUUUUUCUUAAUAUUUAGGAGGUCAAAGACUACUUUUGUUUGUAUUCUGAAAUGUUUACUAUUUAAAGAAAAAAAAACUAACCUAAAAAAACUUAAACCUUCAGCCAAAGCUUUAAUGUGAGUUCAGUUUUAUGUUUUGUUUUCUUUCCCCUUGCCUUCCUGGAGAAAAGAGCUUUACCUGUUGCAGUCUUGUGUCAUCACUAGAACUAAGUUGAUGCUUCAAAGCAGCUGACUUGUGUGCCUGAGCAAUGUGCAAUAUUUGUGGUUUACAUCAAAUGUCCUUGUAUCUUUAUUAAAGCAUGAUCAUUCUGGGCAUGUUGGAGUUUUGAAGACUUUAUUGAUAGUUUUUUUUGUUUUUGGACGGUGGGUUACCUGACCUUGAAGUUUACCUUGCCUCAGGCCUGUCAAAAGAUGGGUUGC